GCGGCCACAGCAAAAUAGAGGAAGUACAAAUAAGAUGUCAGUUUCAGGACAUGGAAGAAUAUCAGAGGAGCUAAAUCAGACUCUGAAGUUAUUUAUGCAUCCAGUCCAAUGAAUGUAGCUCGAGGCAUCCUUGCUUUAGUAUUCUGCAUGUGUUUCACUCUGUCAUACUGCACAAAUAAGUAUGUCCUGUCUGUCUUGAAAUUUACAUUUCCAACCAUUUUUCAGGGGUGGCAAACCUCAACAGGAGCUCUAUUGCUACUGGUUACCUGGAAACUGGGCUUGGUUGAAAUCAAUGGCUUGUCCAGAUCUGCGGCGUUCUCCCAGCUCCCUGGGUCUUUCUUGUUUAUUGGAAACAUUUAUGCUGGGUCCAAAGCCCUGUCGCUUCUGCCCAUUCCUUUCUUCUUCGUGUUACAAAACGUCUCCGAGAUCUUUGCGUUUCUCACUGUAAUCUUUACUCGGCGAGAGAAAGCCACAUGGAGGAAAUUAUUAAGUGUGUGUAUGUUGCUGGGUUCUGCUACGAGUCUGGUUGUGUACAAUCCUCGGUUUGGUCCCAGUGGUUACACAUGGGCCUUCAUCCAUCUGUUCUGUGUUGGCACGUAUAAAGUAUUCCAGAACAAGUCCAAGACCAGCCACCUGAGUGAUCUGGAAGAGCAGUUAAUUAACUAUAUGAGCAGUGCAUCGUUACUCGCCUCUCUUUCAUACUCGACAGGUGAUCUCUUUGGAGCUUUAGACUUUCCUCUCCUGACCUCACACAUCUUUCACGCUGGCUGCUUGGGCAGUGCUGUGUUUGGCUUUCUGCUGAUGUUGGCGACUGUGAAGUUGAGGGGCAGUCUGCCUCAGGAACACUGUGGGGUCUGGUUCUUCCUGGCCAAGGUAUUGGCUUCAGGUCUUUCCUUUUAUCUUCCCACAUUCAACACUGUGGUCAGUCCCAUAGCAUUCUGCAGCGUCGUGUUGAGCUACGCCGGCGAGGCCUUGUUUCUGUAUUCUGACAGAUUUCAAUAAGACUGAUUGUGUCCAGCGCCUUUGAAGAUUCGCCAUCAGUCCGUCUAUUCUUAAUCUGUAUAAAACACCCCAAUCUUCAUUUAUAACUUGAAUCCAGUUUGACACGUAUGCUUGAAGAACCAAAACAAAGACAGCAGUUAAUGAGAUUAAAGCGACAUGAAAACAGCGGAUAGGAUUGGUCAGUGAUGAAUUGUUUUUUUCUGUAAUGACAUGAAAUCUCUUUAGCGGUUUACUGGAUUCUGUUUAUUCCUAGAUUUGUUUCAGCACCAAACUUUCUGCUUACUUUAAUCGUUCAAUUUUGUACAUAUUAUCCUGCAGUAUUGUGGAUUGCCUCAUGAAUGUCACCUCUUUUGUUAUUAUUAUUUUGUUAUAGAGAGGAAAACAUAUCCUUAGUGGUUCAUGUAUUUUAAUAUUUCUUUACAUAAUAGAAGUCCUUGUAAAGAUUUGUUGUACUGUCACGUGUAUUUUUUUUAGAGUUGGUUAAUAUCAAUUUUAAAGGUAUAAGGGUUUCCCAUGUCUCUGCCAAUACUGUCAUGUUAGUCCUGUAACUCUUACAGAUGAGGUGAAUGGCAUUUACUGUAUAUUACUGUAUUCACAGCUACAGUACAAUGUAUGUUAUUGUAUUUUCAGAGCUUGCACAUUUAUAAAAAUCUUUGGUUUGUCUGCA